ACUGAUUCCUUGGUAACCGCACAGCCUCUGCAUCAUCUCUCGGUUCGUCCCAGUCUUUCUACAGCAGUGUGUGAGUGUACGCUUGGUGGUCGGAAGUAAAGCACAAGGGGAUUUCUGUGUCUGCACCAACACAUUUCCUCUAGUGUUCACUGUCUGCUUCAGGGGGAUACCACCGAUCCGUAUAAAAGGAAGGCCACAUAGACCUUCAGUAGUUACAAAAGUCCGGCUCCAGAACCGCCUUGCUAUUUAGUUUAUACCUCACAUUUUCUUGUGUAACUUAAAACACAAAACUUGUCACCAUGUCUGACCGUAUGAAACCCAUGGGAAUGGACCGCGCUCUCACCAGCAAGGAAACACAGGUUCUAUAUGCGAUAAAAAUUAUCAAACAGAAGAUGGUUAUCUUACUGUCUGAGAAGGUCAAUAUCGACAGCUGAACUGUAGCUUUAAGAUGGCUAGUCAUGCAAUGGUGAAUCUUGAGAGAGACCAAACCAUCGUUUGGGAGCCAAGUACGACAGUGCCUCUGAGGCAGAAGUAAGAAUCUGGAUCCAGGAAUUGACCGGAGAAGAUAUUGGACAAGGUCCUGCCGCGGUGGAGAAGAACUUAAAAAAUGGCAUUGUACUUACCAAAUUAUUGCAGAAAUUAUAUGCAGGAACAGCAAAUCUCCCCCCAGCAGCACAGAACUUCAAACCCUCAUACAAUGAGUCGGAACUCGCCUUCAAGCAGAUGGAAAAUAUUGAAAAAUUCCUGAAAGGUGCAAAGUGUUACGGUUUGAAGGAUAACAGCUUGUUUCAGACAGUGGACCUUUACGAGGGCCGUAAUAUGGCCAUGGUUAUUGCUACCAUUCUUCAAGUAGGAACUGAGGCACAGAGACAUAAAUUCAAUGGCCCAACCUGCGGCGCCAAGCCUACCGAAAGACACGUGGUCAAUUUUACCCAAGAUCAACUGAGAGCGGGACAGGGGAUUAUUGGUCUUCAAGCCGGAACCAACAAAUGCGCAAGCCAAAAGGGGAUGUCCAUCGGUGCCGUCCGCCAUAUUGCCGAUAUCAGAGCAGAUGAUAUGUCUCAGGACGGGCAAGGAAUUGUAGGGCUCCAAGCCGGAACAAACAAGUGCGCAAGUCAGAAAGGAAUGUCUAUGGGAGCAGUUCGUCACGUGUCUGAUAUCAGAGCAGAUGAAAUGUCACAAGAAGGUCACGGGGUUAUUGGAUUACAAGCCGGAACCAACAAAUGCGCAAGUCAAAAGGGAAUGUCUAUGGGAGCGGUACGCCAUAUUUCAGACAUCAGAGCUGAUGAAAUGACCCAGGAGGGACAAGGAAUUGUAGGCCUACAAGCCGGAACAAAUAAGUGCGCAAGCCAGAAAGGAAUGGCGAUUGGAUCAGUUCGUCACGUGUCCGACAUUAGGGUAGACAACUCAUCAAUGGAAGGUCAUGGAAUCAUAGGUCUCCAGGCUGGCAGCAAUAAAGGCGCAAGUCAAACCGGUAUGAACAUUGGCGGCAUUCGUCACGUCUCCGACAUUCGCACAGAAGACUGCUCAAUGGAAGGUCACGGGGUUAUCGGUCUACAGUCGGGGAGCAACAAAGGAGCGAGCCAGAGCGGUAUGGUCAUCGGUGGAGUGCGCCAUAUUUCUGACAUCCGCGCUGACGAUUACUCUCAGGACGGCGCAGGGAUCAUCGGUCUCCAGUAUGGAUCAAACAAGGGCGCAAGUCAGGCCGGAACACGUGGUUUUGGUGCAACGAGGCAUAUUGCUGAUAUCCAGGUUAAGGACAUGGCGGAGGAUAUGUACUACUAGGCAUUCAGUCUCUAUAGGCUUAUAAUAUCAGGGGCUCAUUCUGGUCAUUAAAAAGUAAUAUUACCAGCUAUUCUUAGUCACACGGUAAUUUGAAGUCUUGGUAAAAAGCAGCAUUAAUCCAAAUUAGUUGAAACAGCGUAAUAUUCGACACAUGAUAUAUCGUCAUAGCAACAAUGAGACAUCCGGUGUAUCAUAGCAACAGUAGACAUCGUUACAAUUUCAUUUACGAACAAAUAUAAGUAAAUGUCAGUUUUCUAGUAUUGACUUUUAACUGUAUAACUUAAUGUGUAGUUUUUGAUAAAUUUGCCAAAUAUCAAUAAUGAAUUUUAUUGAAAGUGAGCUCUGAAGAUAACAAAUGACCAGAUAUAUUCAAAAUAACGCAAAUUUAGUCAGGUUAAUGAGGGGAUCUUGGGAAAAUUAUAUACUUCCGUGAUUCCAACAGGUAUAUAUGUCACUAUAAAUUCUAACCGUGACUCAAUAUAUGUUAAAUCGCCAAAUUGGAGGAAAAAACAAGAAUCGCGAAAAGGAAGCACAAUAAAUCCGCACACCAUGGUGACGUCAUCUUAAUCUAAAUCGGAGAGGAUUUGGCAUCAUCUGUAAGUCAUGUGGAAUUGUCUACCUUGCUUUGUUCGAGUCUGUGAAGUGAUAAUGAACAAUAGGUGUUCCUGGUGUAACUUUUCGACACAGAGACAAUUUCAAGACAAAGACAUUUUGAUAAACAUUUGUAACACGUUCCUGUCUUCUAUGUGGAGUGAAAGUCGUUUGUGAGAAAUGUGUGAUUUCGUUAAAAGCUUUAAAUGCCUUUUUGGUUGUAUAUAUAAUUCAUUUUUUGAUCAUCUUUUUUCGCUAGAAAUAUAUUCUGCAGUUUAUAAGUAGGGAACUAUCGCAAUGAAAAGCAAAUAUACAAAACUUCCAAGCAAGCUAUGUAAAUAUGAAAACGAGCACCAUUUCUAUUAUGCGAAGAACCAAUUUAGUUUUAAACUCGCAGAACAUGUACAGCUUUGUUUAUUUGAUUGAACUGCUAUGUUUAGUAAAGUGCCCUGUUUGUCCUAGCCGAAAUCAUAUUAUCAUCUGAUAUACAUAUCACUUCCAAAUUCCACGAAAUGAUGCACUUAAUAGCUUCACCAAAGCCUGGUCUGUUUCGGGCGCAAGUCUGGAGGAUUCGUUAUAUCAGCUGAACUUCAAUAUACAUUCUUCUUUACAAGCCAAGUUCAAUAUAAACAAGAAGCAUUUUGAUUGUUUUGUGUAAUCACCAAGCAGUUUUAUAAAAGAGCAUGAAAAUAGCUAAAGAGUGUAGCAUAUUGAGCUAGUCGUUUGAGUAUAAGAGAGAUUGUUGGACGAUAUGCUAAGUACUUGAUACUUAGAAAGUGGACGGCAGGGAAAACGUAUCUACAGACAUGAACGGAAUGUCUACAAACAGACGUGACACGGACGACUUUGUGGAGGUCUGAAUGGUGGGUAUAAUAUUGUAAAAGCCGUCAUUGCUAGGGUAAUUGGAAACGACCUCCGUUUUACAAAAAUUGUGAAUAUAUGUUCAUAAACACUGUAUUAAUUAAAUGCAAUUACGUGUAUCAA